UUUCAGCUUGUGAAAUUGGAUGGUCUUACUAUAUGAACAACUGUUAUUACCUGAGCAAAACAGUGGCAACGUGGGAUAAUGCAAAGUCUCAAUGCAUCAGUUUCUCGGCCCAUCUCGCUGAAAUAGUGUCUAUUGAAGAAAACGAUUGGGUUGUUGGAAAUCUAGCACCAACACAAUGUAAUGAUGCGUGGACUAGAUGUAUUAUUUUUAUUGGUGGCAACGAUCGUGAUAACGAAGGGUCCUUUGUCUGGAGUAGCGAUAACAGAGCCCUGGAUUUCUACAACUGGUCUCCAGUAGAACCCAACAGUUAUACAGUAAAUGACGAUUGUAUCGUCAUUAUAUACCCAGGAGGAGAAUGGGCCGAUUUUGGCUGCACUCCCACACGACCAUUUCUCUGCAAAAAACCCCUAUCCAAUCUGUAACUAUAGAUAUACGUGAACAAAAAAAAAAAAACUAUGUUCACCUCUAGAAAUAUAUGUUUCUUAUGUGU